AAGGCAUGGAAGAAGAAGGGUGAAUACACGCCAUUCCCACCAGCUCCUACUCUUAGCAAGAUCGAUAAGCAGUUGGAAAGUGGAGAAUAUUUUAUGACCGAACGAGAACGUUUAUUGAACAAAAAGAGGAAGAAAGUUGAGGCAGCCGCAAUGAAAUCGGAAGAUCGUAAAAAGGAAAAGUUGAAGAAAUUCCAGCCACCGGCUGAAAAACCAAGAGAGAAACAAACAAAGAAACGAGAAGCAGGAGAAUUAGACCUUGAGAAGAUUAAGAAAAAAGUUGAAAAGCUCGCAAAGUGA